AUGCCUACGCCAACCUCGCCAGAGGCCAACCAUCACGACAAGGAAGGCAAAACAGAACACCAAGAGUUCCUAGGCUACGAUGACCCGCACAGAGCAGCACUGGAAGACAACCCCGAACACGCCGACAAAUUGACAUGGUCCGUCGCGCUCUCGGCCCUCUUCUUGGGAACAUCAUUCACAGGUCCCAUCAUAUUCGGAUUCAUCCUGGUGACGCCCAUCCUCGUCCAGCUCAGUGGCCUGAUUGGAGGCGAGAACAUCGACUUCUGGAUCCCGUCGGGAUGGGGAGCGGCGGCUGCUGUCGGAUUCAGUAUCGCUGGGAGGCUUUCUGACAUUUUUGGGCGCCGACCUGUGAUUCUUGUUGGCCAGGCUCUGACCGUAGUGGGAGGCAUUGUGGCAUGCACGGCCAACGACAUGAACCAGUUGAUCGCUGGGGAGGUGAUUCUUGGUGCCUCGAUUGGCACAGUCUCCGUGGCUUAUGCUGGCCUAUCCGAGAUCCUGCCAAACAAAUGGCGAGGCGCCGGUCUGGCAUGGACAGAGUUCAACCUAGCAGCCUAUGCAGUGCCCGGCACUCUACUUGCUAACACCCUGAUCUCCAACGCAUCCUGGCGCAUCAUGUUCUACAUCGCCAUUGGAUACGGCGCCUUCUCCUUCAUCGGCACUUUCUGGGUUUACUACCCUCCAAGCCACCCGCGACCUGAUGGCAAGACGAAGUGGCAGGAGUUCAAGGAGCUGGACUUCAUUGGUGCCUUCAUGUUCGUGGCCGGCUUAGCUGUCUUCUUGUUUGGACUCAAUUCUGGCGGCAACACUUAUCCCUGGAAGAGUGGCGGCACUCUUGCCCCGCUGAUCUUGGGGCUGAUCGUGUUCGUGGGCGCCUUUGUGUACGACUUCAAUAUCCCCAGGGACCCGCUGUUUCCGUGGUACCUGUUCAAGAACUUCCGGGAGUUCUCAGCGCUGCCAGUUCUAGUGUUUGUGGCUGGCAUGGUCUUUUUCGCAGCAUCUGCCCUCAAUGCGCAAACAAUUCUGUAUCUUUUCACCGCAGAUCCAAUCAAAAUCGGACUCUACUCGAUCCCAUCUGGUGCCGGCCAACUCAUCGGAGGCGUCCUCAUCCCAGGCCUUGUGCACAAGAUCAAAUUCGUGCACUACCAACUCACCUUCGCCGUCUUCAUGCAGACGCUGUUCUUCGGUCUGGCAGCGUUGAUCACGCCACACAACCUCAACUGGCUCAUGGCCGUGCAGUUCCUUGCUAUGUUACCAUUCGGCUGGAUCACGCUGAACUGCUACACUGCCGCCAGCCUCAACGUGCCACAGCGAGAUCUGGGAGUGGCAAUAGGGUUGAUAGGAACCUUCAGAAGCGUUGGCGGGAGUGUAGGAAGUGUGAUCCUCUCCUCCAUCUUCGAGCAGACGGCGACAAAGCAGGUCGCACAACGCAUCAGCAACAAAGCCCUCGAAGCUGGUGUGUCCGCUUCGACAAUCCCAGACAUCAUCGGAGCCGUCGAGUUGACGCUGGUCGGAGUGCCUGGACAAGAGGCUACCCUCUCGGGAGUUUCUUCACGGACGUUCGAAACUUGUGUCGCUGCCGCUCGGAACGGGUAUGCGUACGGCUUCCGCAUGACUUGGUUGGCUUCGAUUCCGUUUGGUGUCAUUGCAUUAAUAUGUGCGGCUGCUGUUCGCGAUCCGUCGAGAUAUUUCACGAACCACGUCGAGAUUCAUCUGAACAAGAAGGUCGGUGGGAAAUAUGAGGAGGAUGCUAAAGGGCAGGAAGCGAAGGAGGUGCCUACCUAG